AUGUAUUAUAGAGAAAUGGCUAAGUCUUCACCCACGUCGGUUUGUCACAUUUCACUAACGAAUGGUGAGGAUAUAACGGAGGCCUCUCGUCACUGCAUAACAAAGCCAUCGGGGCUUUCAUUAUUUCAUCACAGGGACGAGUCAACGACUUGCGCCUCUCCACGAGCUGAAAAUGGCUGCAAAAUUGCAACAACUCGGCAAUUGACCUUGAUAGAACGCCGUGAAAAGAAACAUUACAGCACUAGUUUUCCAAGCCUGAGUGCAGAAACGUUACUGGAUGAAUCCCGUGACGCCGUUGCAGGGGAUGCUGCCAUUGUAAGUUCUACACUUCGUGGUUGGUCCGUAAGACAUGUGGGGAAGAACAUGAGUUCUUCAGUGUUAGAUGGAAAGGUAAAAAUAGUGAGCUACAACAUUUUGGCCCAGCGUUUAGUUUCUACAGAACUUUACCCGCAUUGUCCCAUGUUUGCUCUUGCCGAAGAUUACCGAUGUUCCCUCCUGAAACGGGAACUGGCAGAUGCCGCUCCUGACAUCAUAGCGCUUCAGGAAAUCAGUGUUGAUGUGUUUGAAAAACCGGGUUUGCUGGGAGACUGGCUGAGCUCCAACUACUGCUUUGCUGGCGACCACGUUGUGGUUACCGACGUGAAGGGGCGCCCAAGGUACGAGAGGGAUGAACCCCCUAAGAAAAAGUGUGAUGUUCAUGUUUUCAAAGAAACAGAUGUAUCUUCUCAGCGAAGGGGGGGCGAGCAUGCGUCUUGGGUGACGUCACCCCCUCCUGAAACUGAUGGUCCACUCCAAAAACGCUCAGAGAUGGAAGGUGUGUGCGUGUUGUACUUGAAAGAUCGUUUUGACUCCUGUGAGGUUGUCCCUAUCCGAUUCAAUGAGAUUGCUGCUGCCGACAAGCAUCUCACACAACGUGAGCGUCGAUCACUUCAGGUUGGAUCACAUAAUGUGGCACUUAUUUCUGUUUUACGCGACCGUGUGAUGCCGAAUAUGAUUUACGUAAUUGGCACUGUGCACCUUAUUUGGCAGCGCACAGAAUGUCAGCUAUGGCAGAUGCACCACGUGUUGCGUGAGAUGGAGCAGCUGAAACAAAAGUAUGAGAAAAUUUCCACUGGUGGCAAAGAUGAACCCGCGCUUGUUUCAUUAGUGCUUGCUGGCGAUUUCAAUUCAGAUGCAGGAUCUCCGCCCAUUCGCUAUGCCUUGUCCGGUACACCGCCCCCAGGCAGCGAUGUGAUGAAUUAUUGGAAACUGCCAGAGGAGGAGAAUAGUUCGGGAUGCGAAGAGGCAGGUAGCCCGCCACUCUCACCGAGCGAUACCACAAGUGAGGCGGCCGGGGUGCGGCAUAUUGGCAGCAAACGGAGAAGGUACCGCAUUACGGAUACUGUUGGGCACUCGAUUUCAUUUACGGAUAGUUACGCCACGUACCGCGAGCAACAUCCAUGGCAUGUGUCCACGGUGAAUCCAUCCUCAAACGGGGAGGGGGGAGUUUUGGACCACAUCCUUGUUGAAGAAAAGCAUGUUGUUUGCACGUCUGUCAUGAGACUCUCUGGCCGCACAGAACUACCAACAAAAGAUUACCCCAGUGAUCACUACCCCGUGGGGGUUAUCAUUCUCCCACGCAGCUCACUGAAAUGA